GUAAAAUGACGGGCAAGAUUUCCGCGUUAUCUUUUCGCGGCUAGUAAACAUACAGACGACACCAGAUAUGUCAUCAUCAGAGUGAAUUGCUGUCAAAUAUAAACUUUAUUGUAUUGAAAUUUCAAAGGAAAAGUAAUUUUGAGGUGAUUUAGUAAGUUUUCACAUAUAUUUGUUACAUAUAAAGUAUUGUGCUAAAAAUGGACGGAGUGAACGGGAUCAGCGAGAAGGAGAUGGAAGCUCGUGCCCAGUUUGGGGGUUCUGGUGUCUCGUUGACUCCAGUCGUAAAAGAACAACCGACAGUCAAAAUGUCAAAGGCUAGAAUAAUUAAGAACUUACUUGUGGUCAGUUUCGGCUUUCUGUGUCUUUUUACAUCUUUCAACUCACUGGCCAAUCUGCAGAGCAGCUUGAACAAAGAAGAUGGUCUCGGUGUUGGAGGUCUGUCGAUAAUCUACGGGGCACUUGUUGUUAGCUGCAUGUUUUCGCCACCAUUUAUUAUCGCCAGACUGGGUUGCAAAUGGACUGUAUUUGCAUCCAUGCUUUGCUAUAUCCUGUAUAUGGGCGCAAAUUUUUAUGCCGUUUGGGGAACAAUCGUACCAUCUGCCAUCAUUCUAGGUUUCGGAGCGGCGCCGUUGUGGUCCGCCAAAUGCACGUAUCUCACGGAAACUGCCACGUGGUAUGCUAAACAAACUGGUGCUACCGUUGAUGACAUUAUAAACAGAUUCUUCGGAGUUUUCUUCAUGCUUUUCCAGUCAGGCCAGAUAUGGGGCAACCUGAUAUCAUCAUUAGUAUUCCGGAAGACGGAGAGCAGGAACAUUACAGCUGAAGAUUUACUAACUUGUGGCGCUGACUUCUGUCCAUCUUCAGAUGCCAACAAUACCAAUCUUGAUAAACCAGACAUGGAUAAGAUUUAUAAAGUGUGCGGUAUCUAUAUUGGCUGUGCGGUCCUAGCUGUGAUUGUGAUAGCAGUUGGCUUGGACCCGAUAACUCUGGAUAGGGAGGAUGGCAGGAAGCGACAAUUUUCAUUUCAUCUUGUACUGGAGACGGCAAAACAUCUUUGGAGGUCAAACUAUCAGAAAUUGCUGGUGAUAUUAACAAUGUACAGCGGUGUGGAACAGGCCUUUGCAACUGGAGAUUAUACAAAGUCUUUCGUCGCCUGUGCUUUGGGUAUUGAGGACAUUGGGUUUGUGAUGAUCUGUUAUGGUGUUGUUGAUGCAAUUUGUUCAUUUUCCUUCGGAAGACUUGUGCAGUUCGUAGGGCACACCCCUUUCUUUCUUCUAGCUUUUCUGCUUCAUGGAGGUCUACAGAUAACGUUCUUGCUAUGGAAACCAAACAACGAACAGGUUUAUCUGUUCUAUAUAUUUGCUGCUUUGUGGGGGAUGGGAGAUGCAGUGAUACAGACGCAGAUAAAUGCGUUGUAUGGAAUGCUGUGGACCAAGGAUUCGGAGGCAGCGUUUGCAAAUUAUCGACUGUGGGAAUCUCUCGGCUUCAUCAUUGCGUUUGCUUGCCAGAACUUUCUGUGCACGAACGUUAAAAUAUACAUUUGUAUGGGUUUCCUGUGUGUAGGAAUGAUGUUGUACGGAGUGGUUGAGAUCGCCCAUAGACGCGAUCAUGACGCAGACAAAAAUACAAGAUUAUAGUGUGCCCAUAGAUAAAGGUGUUGCAGUAAAUUCUAGCAUUUCGCUGAUUUUUACACAUUGCGGCUCCAUUCCAGUAACUUCAGGCUGGCUAGUAAUUUAGCUUGUAACGUUUACUACUGCGGACCUUCUGACAGUACAUUCAUGUAGUUAUAGUACUGGUUCUGAUGUUUCAUCCAGAUACCUGCUGGCACAUCGUAAACAAUUGAAAACUUGACGUGUUUUUCAGCCAACAAUUUUGUAUCUGUAUGACAUAAGAUUUGCAACUUUUUUUAUUGUACAUAGAUAUUUGAAACUCUUUGAUUCUGUUCUGGUGCUGCUUACACACCUUUAAACAUUUGUUUUGUCUUAUAACAGUGAAUUACAAACCACCCAGGAGUAUAUAAAUAUCUUCAAAAUAGCUGAAUUAAGAUUUAACGUUUUUAUUUUUUAUUUUUAUUUUUUAUUUUUUUGUGGAAACAAAUAUUAUCCGGCUACAAAUGUGGUGUAUUGACAGUUACGGAGUAUUCCAAACCAAAUCUCUGUUUGCAUAUGGAUAUUUUACAUUUAAAUGUUUACCUAUGGUAGUUAUAAUGUAUACUAAGGUUAGUGUGUAUUGCAGCGGGACACUUCCCUUUUAUCAUUAUAAAACAGUGUCCUGUUUAUAAAAUAUGCUUUGAAAAUUGAAAAUAUCUUCUGAAAUUUGGUCAUGGUGUUAUUGAGGGCUAUCUGCAGAACUCUUGUUUUAUGUUUGUGUUUUAUAGACUUUUUCCCUUCCUGUUAGAGACGGCACCAAAACUUGCAAAUUUGAAAACUUUUACGCUGCCCUGUAAGAUGAUUCUCUGACCAAACUUUACUACUGAUCAGAAAAAAAUUUGAAAAUAAAUUUUACCAAACUG